UUACUGACGUCACUUCCGGAAUUAGUCGUACAGUGCUAGAGGAAAAAAAAUCUCGUAGCCAAAUAUUUAUUCUUAAUAGCUGCCAAAACAAAGGCGUCGGUAUAUUUGAGUAAAACCAUCCAUGUCAAGACACAAACGGGACUGUCGAGGUGUUGUGCUGCUUGUGUGUGCAAAUAGGAGCACAGCAGCUUUUCUGCCAACGUACCGUGAAUUGGUCUAUCAGGCUCAGUGACAACAGCAGAAGACCUUGGCACCAUUGUGUGCCAGUCCAUUCCGAGAUCCAGGGACAUUAGAAUCCAGAAGAUGAAUGGUCUGUCCAUACGAGAGCUAUGCUGCCUGUUCUGCUGCCCUCCUUGCCCCAGCCGGAUUGCAGCCAAAUUAGCUUUCCUCCCACCAGAGCCCACCUACGCCCUCCUCCCUGACCCAGAUCCUACGUCUGGAGCCGGAACAUCAUCAGGGUCCAGCACCGGUGGUAGCCUGCCUACCCUGGGGGCCCCCGGACUUCGUUCCCGGUUGAGUGCCGGCGGUGGUGGUGACAGAGGAGGUGGCGGUGGAGGCAGCAGCAGCGGUGGGAGUGGAGGAGGUGGAAGUUCCGGAGCUGGGGUUGGAUGUGAGAGCAGGUGGAAGCUGCAUCUCACGGAGAGGGCAGAGUUUCAAUAUUCUCAGAGAGAGCUAGAUGUGACUGAUGUGUUCCUGACCAGGUCCAGCCGAGGAAACAGGGUUGGAUGUAUGUAUAUACGCUGUGCCCCUAAUGCCAGGUUCACUGUGUUGUUUUCACACGGCAACGCAGUCGACCUCGGCCAGAUGAGUAGCUUUUACAUUGGCUUGGGGACGCGCAUCAACUGCAACAUAUUCUCAUACGAUUACUCAGGCUACGGGGUCAGCACUGGCAAGCCGUCGGAGAAGAACCUUUAUGCUGACAUAGAUGCCGCCUGGCACGCUUUGCGCUCUCGGUACGGCAUCAGCCCCGAGAACAUCAUUCUAUACGGGCAGAGCAUCGGCACAGUGCCCACAGUAGACUUGGCGUCACGUUUUGAGUGCGCUGCCGUAGUGCUUCACUCUCCUCUCACUUCUGGCAUGAGAGUGGCCUUCCCUGACACCAAGAAAACAUACUGCUUCGAUGCUUUCCCCAACAUAGAAAAGGUGUCAAAGAUCCCGUCUCCAGUGCUGAUCAUCCAUGGUACAGAGGACGAGGUCAUCGACUUCUCCCACGGCCUGGCCCUGUUUGAGCGCUGUCCAAAGGCUGUGGAGCCCCUCUGGGUGGAGGGCGCCGGCCACAACGACAUUGAGCUAUACAGUCAGUACCUCGAGAGGCUACGGCGCUUCAUCAACCAGGACCUGGCUGCUCAGCACGCCUGAGGAAACAAAACUACGGCCUCUCUGCAUCCGCGCUGGUGUGUGUGUGGGAGAUAGUGAGAGUGCGGCUCAGACAUACAUCAUCUGUGUGUCUUUUAAACAUGUUACUUUUUAAAGCGAUCGCAUUCAAAUAAUUCUCUUUAAGAUUUGAGUCUUUUUAAAGAAGUCAUUAGGUGUAUUUAUCUGUAGUGUAAUGUGUUUGUAAAUGGGGGAGGUUCCAUUGACCUGGAAAUGAAUACAAUUUAAAACUUAAAUAAAAGACCAAAAAAAUUAACAACUAAGUGUUUAGUUCAAAAAGGCACACAGAUGUCAUUUUAAAAGCAAACGAAUGAUUGUGGUCCUGGAUGUAAAAUCAUGAGUUAAUAUUCAUAUCACGGGCCUGCGUAUGUGUGCGCGAGUGUGCGAAGCAUCUUUGGGCGGAAAAGUAAAUGAAGGACACCCUUUUGACUUGACUAGGGGAAAGUGAGGGAAAAGCUUAGUGACUUAUCAAUAUUGAUGUUCUUUCUUUUGUCUUAUUUGUGUGUGUGUGCGCGCGUGUAUGAAGAAUACCUCCACAGUUUGACCAGCUCUUUUUAAUGGACGACCCAUCACUGGUCAGACUUCCACUCUUGUGACAGUAACUUCGAGCACCACUUAACCCCACCUCGCAAUCGUCAACCUCCAGAAAAACUGUUAAUUUCCUUCCUGUUUCCUGGCAGUGCCGUAGUUUUUGCCUUUUUACUUUUAGCUGCUCCUCCGGGCAGGGAUUGCCAUUUUUCCCAGUGUUGUUUUUUGAGGUUGCGUUCCUGUGGAGGACUGCUUCAUCUUUGUGGAAACACUAGAAACAGACAUGUGUAAUGUCGAUGUCGGCGCAUACAGAAGAUGAAGCUUGGAUCAUUUAGUGCUUAUUUUUUACCUUUCUACAUCAUGCAUGAAGUUAGGAAAGUUUUAUUGAAGGAGCCAUGGAGCCACAGUGGGACCUCCAAAAGCCAAUUGCUGUAAGUUCCGAGAAUGAACGAGUUUCUAACUAUUAGACAUCAAAUACAUUUGAACGGGUUGAAGGGUUCAUUCGAUGUAGCUCCUCCCACUUCAAAUGGAUUGAAUGUGUACUAGUAACUAAUUUAAGGGUGCUAUGAAAUACUAAAGCAAGUGACAUUAAAAUGUUAGAGCAUGUUUUAGACACAAAUCCAUCCACAAAAGUGAUCGAAAAGGCCUCAUUGUGAAAUUGGAUUCUGAUUGAUUUUUCAGCUGCCCUGGUCCCACCCACUAAAAAUCUCCAAGCCAAAGAUGUCACACCCAGACUGAGUUAGAUUGCAGAUGGUUUUUGUUGCCGUGUGACCGUUCUGUCAUUCUGUCAACAUGCACUAACUAGCACAGCACUCGAAAGCUAGGCAUGAUCAUCAAUUCUGGUUGUGAUGUCACAAUCAGAAUUGCUGAAAAAUGGAAGUGGUUGUUCAAAGAUAUAUUCUAUUGAGUGAAAUAACUAUGAUAUGGUGAAAAUAAACAGCCAGGUUGGAGUGCGAAAUUUGUUUUCUACAUGAAAAAUUAGUGGCACCAUUUCAUGGCAUAGCACCUUUAAAUUCAUAGAAGCGUGAAAAGAGCCACAACAUUGGAUGACCAUCAUCAUGGCACUGAAAGCGUUAACAAGGGUGUGUACUUUUUUUAAUAUCCAGUGUAGUCAUGGGUUUAAACAUUACAUGUUACAUUAUAACAUUCCUAACAGUCUUAACAAUGAAUAUAAUGUAACCACAGUCUAAUAUAACUAAAACAACUUGGACUUAAAAUUUUGGUGCAAAGCAAGUUGACAGCUUGGUUCAAGACCAGUCGUUAACUAUGAUGCUUUUAGCUACAUGCUAUUUAUUUCAGCAUCUACUAGCAAAAUUCAUUUGCUUGGUUGAUAUUUGUCAUGAAGCCAGAUGUAUUUUUGAUUGUCUUUGUAGUACCACAAAAAUACAAAGCACUGACUUGAUAUUCGAGGUAUGUUUCUCCCCUUUUCCCAGAUUUUGGUUGAACUUUAAAGCAGUUUGGAGGUUCCCCCUGUGUUGCUGUCUUGGCCUAGUAGUAUAUUCUUUUUAGAUGCUUGCCUGCCUGCUAAAAAAAAAAAAAACAA